AUGGUAGAUCCAGUAUAUGACAAUUACGAACAUAGUCGUAAUGAACCUUCAAAUCAUAGAGCUUCUUUUUCUUCUGCAAGAACUAGCUCCACUGCCACGACAUUGACUUCUGCAAUAGCACUAAAUCAAAAUAAUAAUGAGGCGUUUGAUGGCGCUGCUUCAGAAACCGUUCCAAGUUCAAUAGUAUCGUUUCAUCGUCCACAUUCAUUCCAAUCUUCAAAUAUCUUGGGGACUUCACUGACUUCAAGAAAUUUGGAAAGAAGAGGCAGAGCAUCUACUGAAACAGACUCUCUGGUAGAUUCUUCCGGAGAACCUUCAAGAAGUUCAUCCAGAAAUCCCCAUUUUAGAUUCUUUACUGAAGAACAAAUCAGUAAUGCCGAAGGUUCUUCAACUAUGGAAAAUGCAGAGUACAAUAUAGAAUGGGACUCAAUGCCAGUAUAUGAGCAUAACGUCUUAAGCAAUUCUCGAAUAGGUUCAAGAAGGUCCUCAUUUAUAGGGACGUCUAGAAGUCCAUCUGCAUCACAGCCAAUUCAAUACGGUUCAUUUGAUGAACAUAGAUCCUCCUCUUUAAAACCUAUAAGAAAAGAUACAGUGGUUCCGCCCUCUGAUCACCCACAUGUAUAUCACUCUUUAUCACAUUCCUCAUCGGGGCUAUCAAGAUAUGCUGUUAGAGAUAGAAUUCCGUAUGAAUUAGAAAUGCAAGAAGAUGAACUGUUAGAUACAGCUUCUUCUCGAAGUUCUCUAAACGUUUCUACGUCAGAUGUACUUCUAGAUGAUGAAAAUGAUAGGGGCUCCAUUAGCGAAGAAGACAGAAAUCAACAAAGGAAGCAGAUAUCUCAUGCAAUUUAUUUAAAUCCACAGUAUCAUGAGAAAUUUUACCCAAAUUAUAUCCCAAUUACAAAAUAUCAAAGAUUUUAUAUCGCUGAAGAAGAUCUGGUUAUCGGUAUCGCUGGUUACAAAACUUCAAAAUUCAGAUUAUUCAUCUAUAAUUUCUUCUGUAUUGUAACACUCGGUAUUUUUUACCUUGUAAUGAGAUGGUUUCCACAUUACAAAGUAAGAUUCAUUGGCUCUAAAACCGAAUUGGCAAAAGCAGAAUGGACAGUGAUUGAAACUGAAAAUGGAGAAUUAUUUGUGGAACCAGUAAAACGUACUUGGUAUAAUAGAUUGUUUAGUACUAUUUUGCCAAUAGAAAAGUCAACUUGGACAAAUCCAGAUGGAACAAUGAACAAUAGCUUUAGUUUUAAUCAUGCAAGUAAAAAAAAUCCCAACAUUCCAAUUUUGAUUACAUUCGAAUACAGAUACAUUAAUUUUAUUUAUUCUCCAGUGGAGGAUAUAUUCAGGACUAACAACAAUUGGGCUGAUCCAAAUUGGUUCGAUCUAGAGUCUAUUCAGAGAGGUCUCUCAAAAGGUGUUCAAGAGGACAGAUUCUUAGCUUUCGGUAAAAAUCAAAUCAAUUUGAAAGGUAAAACCACCCUUCAAAUUUUAUUUAACGAGACUUUACAUCCAUUUUAUGUGUUCCAAAUUUUUUCAAUUCUUCUAUGGUCUGUCGAUGAAUAUUAUUACUAUGCCUUCUGUAUAUUUUUAAUAUCAUUGAUAUCAAUCAUCGAUAGUUUGUUAGAAACAAAGAAAACAUCAAAAAGAUUAUCAGAAUUGUCUGCAUUUAGUUGUGAAGUACGUGUGUUUAGAGAUGAGUUUUGGACCCAUAUCAAUUCUUCGGAGUUAGUUCCAGGGGAUGUAUAUGAAAUUUCUGAUCCCGCUUUAACUGUUUGUCCUUGUGAUUCAAUACUAUUGAAUGGUGACUGUGUCGUAAAUGAAUCUAUGUUAACAGGUGAGUCUGUCCCCAUAUCUAAAAUGCCAGCAACAGAGGAAACAAUGCAUCAGUUAUUUAACGAUAUGGAAAAGUCUCAAAUAUCAAGUUUAGUUUCAAAAUCAUUUUUAUUCAACGGUACCAAAGUUAUAAGAGCACGGGUUCCUCAUGGACAGUCUGCUGCUUUAGCUGUAGUAGUCAGGACAGGGUUUUCCACUGUAAAAGGUUCUUUGGUUCGUUCAAUGGUUUUCCCAAAACCAACCGGCUUUAAAUUUUAUCAAGAUUCCUUCAAGUACAUAGGUUUCAUGACAUUAAUUGCAAUGAUAGGUUUUACAAUUAGUUGCAUCCAAUUUGUUCGAAUUGGAUUAGACAAGAAAACUAUGAUAUUGAGAGCUUUGGAUAUUAUUACUAUUGUUGUGCCACCUGCUUUACCAGCUACCUUAACAAUUGGAACUAGUUUUUCGUUGAGUAGACUAAAGGAGAAAGGAAUCUUCUGCAUUUCCCCUACAAGAGUAAACGUGGCUGGUAAAGUUGAUGCUAUGUGCUUUGAUAAAACUGGUACGUUAACAGAAGAUGAACUGGACGUUCUUGGUGUCCACCUUGUAAUGACAGAAGAAAGAAAUAGAAUCGUUAUGGGUGAGUUGAUUAAUGACAUUCAUAAUGUGUUUACAAACUUUUCUCUUAAGGAUUGCAGCUCUUUAGAUGAUUUUAAGGCAAGAGAUUUUUUAAUAUCUCUAUUAACCUGUCAUUCGUUAAGACAUGUUGACGGUGAACUUUUAGGUGAUCCACUGGAUUUCAAGAUGUUCAAAUUUACAGGAUGGUUAUUUGAGGAAGAUUUCAAAGAUCAAGCAUUUCAUUCACUUUACGAAGAGAGACAUGAAGAGAACACCUUCCCUGAAAACUCAGGAAUUAUACCUGCCGUUGUGUAUCCCGAUUCAUCAGAUCCGCAGAAUAAAUUUAACGAAAAGGAUCCGAAUAAUUUGUUGGGUAUCGUUAGAAGUUUUGAGUUUUUAUCCGAGUUAAGACGUAUGAGUGUUAUAGUAAAACCAAAUGGUGAAAACAUGUAUUGGUCUUUUACUAAGGGUGCUCCAGAAGUCAUCACUACCUUAUGUAAUAAAUCAACUAUUCCUUGCGAUUUCGAUGAACUCCUUCAUCAUUAUACACAUAAUGGGUAUAGAGUAAUUGCAUGUGCAGGUAAGAAUUUACCUAAACGUACUUGGCUCUAUUCACAAAGAGUAUCUAGGGAAGAGGUCGAGACUAAUUUGAACUUUCUUGGAUUCAUUGUUUUCGAGAAUAAAUUAAAAGGUGCAACAAAAGGGACCCUUAAGUCACUUGCUGAAUCUAAUAUUAGAACAAUUAUGUGUACAGGUGACAAUGUUCUAACCGCAAUUUCAAUAGGUAAGGAAAGUGGAUUGGUGAAUUCUUCUAGAGUAUAUGUCCCAAGCAUAAGUGAGAUUACUGAUGAAGGUCAUGGUUAUAUAUCAUGGAAUGACAUCGAUGAUCCAACGCAUACACUUGAUGAAAUAAGCUUGAAGCCAAAUGAUUCACAGGUUGGUGAUUACACUCUUGGUGUGACAGGUGAGGUUUUCAGGUUACUGUUUAAGAAUGAUACCGAUUACAGUGAGACUUAUAGGAACGAAGUUUUGUUAAAAACAUCAAUAUAUGCAAGAAUGUCUCCUGACGAAAAGCAUGAACUAAUGGAGCAACUGCAAUCGUUGGAUUAUGUAGUAGGAUUCUGUGGCGAUGGUGCAAAUGAUUGUGGUGCCUUAAAAAGUGCUGACAUAGGUAUUUCAUUGUCUGAAGCAGAGGCUUCUGUUGCUGCUCCUUUUACUUCUAGAGUAUUUGAUAUUAGUUGUGUGUUAGAUGUGAUAAAGGAAGGCAGAGGUGCCUUAGUCACUUCAUUUGCUUGUUUUCAAUACAUGAGUCUGUAUUCAGCUAUUCAGUUUAUCACUAUAACCAUUCUUUACUCAAGAGGAUCCAAUCUGGGAGAUUUUCAAUUUUUAUAUAUUGAUUUGAUUUUAAUUGUUCCAAUUGCAAUAACAAUGUCUUGGUCAAAACCAUAUGAUAAGCUAGUAGCAAAAAGGCCUACAGCAAAUUUAGUUUCUCCAAAAAUUUUAGUACCUCUAGUUGUCAGUAUUUUGAUUUGCUUAUUAUUUCAAAUAAUACCAUGGAUUGUUGUUCAAAGAAUGCCAUGGUAUUUGAAACCAGUUGUUGGUGAUGAUCAUACUGUGAUUUCGUCAGAUAAUACAGUGCUGUUUUUUCUAUCAAACUUCCAGUAUAUUCUAGUUGCAGUCGUCCUAUCAGUUGGCCCACCAUAUAGGGAACCUAUGUCCAAAAACUUCGGAUUUAUUAUGGACAUUGCUAUAUCAAUUAUAAUGAGUAUUUUUUUAAUGGGGAUCGAUCCAGAUUCAUUUUUUGGAAGAUUGCUUCAACUAAGUAAGAUAUCUGAAACAUUUAAAGUCUUCAUUGCCCUUUUAGCCAUUGUGAAUUAUUUCACUCAACUUUACAUCCCAAAUCACAUUAAAGGUUAUUUCAAGAAAAAGAAAAGUAGUAAAAAGUACAAGAACAUUAUAAAAACUCAGAAUAGAGAAUAUUCCGUUUAA